UUCAAGUUCAGAAUUCAAGGUAAACUUGAUUAGCCCUUCCAAUUAUAACAAAACUGCUCAAGUCUGCCUUAAAGAGCCUUACAAGCCAGGCAGUCCCUGCAGCUCCACAAACUGACCCAUCCUUGGACUUGUUCUCCACAGAAUGGAUCUGCUCCUUCCCCUGGCUCUUUGCACCCUAGCCCUGUGCUGUGGAGCAGUGUCUCCACCCAGGCCGGUUCUCAAUCCCUUGCCUCUGCUCUCCUGGGGCUGCAAUGACUCAGAUGUGCUGGCAGUUGCAGGCUUUGCCCUGCAGGACAUUAACAAAGACCGAAAGGAUGGCUAUGUGCUGAGCCUCAACCGAGUGAACGAUGCCCAGGAGCACAGACAGGAUGGCCUGGGAUCUCUGUUCUAUCUCACACUCGAUGUGCUUGAGACUGACUGCCAUGUUCUCAGUAAGAAGGCAUGGCAAGACUGCACAGUGAGGUUGCUUCAUAAAUCGGUUUAUGGUCAAUGCAAAGCAAUAUUUUAUAUGAACAACCCAAGUAGAGUUCUCUAUUUAGCUGCUUAUAACUGUACUCUUCGCCCAGUUUCGAGAAGAAAGAUUCACAUGAUGUGUCCUGACUGCCCAAGCCCCUUACCUACCGACUCUUCAUAUCCCCAAGUUUUGGAGGCUGCCAUCAAGUCUCUUGCAAAAUACAACAAUGGAAGCACAUCUAAGCAGUAUUCUCUCUUCAAAAUCACCAAGGCUUCUAGCCAGUGGGUGGUUGGCCCUUCUUACUUUGUGGAAUACUUAAUUAAAGAAUCACCGUGUACCAAAUCCCAGGCCAGCAGCUGUUCACUUCAGUCCUCUGAUUCUGUGCCUGUUGGUAUUUGCAACGGUUAUCGGAUACAAGCACGUUUGGAAGAGCUUGUCUCUGCGACUUGUGACUUCUUUGUAGCACAGGCUCCAGCCACUGGAAGUGAAAACUCUGCUGUUAACCAGAAACCUACAAGCCUUCCCAAGGUGAAAGAAUCCCAGCAGAAAAACACACCCCCGCGAGACUCCCCCUACAAAGCUGGGCCAAGAGGAUCUGUCCAAUACCUUCCUGACUUGGAUGAUGAAAAUUCCCAGGAAAAGGGCCCUCAAGAGGCCUUCCCUGUGCAUCUGGAUCUAGCCACGAAUUCUCAGGGAGAAACCCUGGAUGUUUCCUUCCUCUUCCUGGGGCCUGUGGAGAAGAAGCUGGUUGUCCUGCCUUUCCCCAAAGAAGCACGCACUGCUGAGUGCCCAGGGCCAGCCAAGAAUCCUAGCCCUUUUGUCCUUCCACCGUGAGAAUCACACAGAGUCUUCUGUAGGGGUAUGGUGCACCGCAUGAGAUGAGAGGCAGAGAGACAGAGUGCCCACACGUAGAGAGUGGCUAAUGAAGGACACCUUUUUGACUCUUCUUGGUCUCAGCAUGUUGACUGGGAAUGGCAUGUUGACUGGGAAUGGAAAUAAUGAGACUGAGCCCGCUGCUUGGGCUGCACUCUACCUUGUACACUGCCUUGUACCCCAGGCUGCAUCCCCUUCUAAACUGAGCAGUCUCAUGCCGUGGAUAGAUGCCUCUUGUAUGUCUUCAACCACUCACUUAGAAAGAUUCUUAUCCUUUCAGCAGUAUAUAUGUGCUCAAAUCUCAGCAUGAAAGCCUCGCAUGAGUAAAGAUACUUUCCCUAACA